GUCCGUCGUUUUGCCAGCUCCACACCCGAAAAUCAAAAGCUCACCAUUGAACAGAUCAGAAGUGAGAUAAACAAGACUUUACACUCGCUGACACCACACGCAUUUUGUUCACCAAACGAAAAAAUGUGCGUUCAAGGUCCACCCGGGAGGCAAGGUCCUAAGGGAUCACGUGGCAAAAGAGGUCCGCGCGGAGCCACGGGAAGAAACGGUGCACGUGGUGACACAGGGCAUCCCGGGCCACACGGGAAGCAAGGACCCACCGGUCCACCCGGUCAGAAAGGAGAGCCUGGUAUCAAGGGGAAUCCGGGUCCCAGGGGUUUUCCGGGGGCUAAGGGAGAACCUGGAGAAUCAAUUUCAAUGCCAACGGUUGUAAUCUCACCCAAGGAAUUAACUGUCAGAGAAAACCAAAAUGCCGUAUUUCAGUGUUCUGCGACCGGAAACCCGUCACCGACUGUAAAGUGGAUAGAGCCCACCGGCUCCCUUUGGUCGGAUCGUGUUCAGCUUAACCCCCGUGGAGUCUUGAUGGUACGUCACGUGACUCUUGCAGACACUGGUAGAUACAUUUGUGCAGCAACAAAUAUGCUAGGUUCAGCUAACCAAUCAGUCUCACUGACUGUUGAAGGUAAGCUACAUUACCUCUUUACUGGUUAAAUUUUGGCUUUGUGAUUAUUUGAUACUCGUGAUUCACUCAUUUGUUUUUUCUUCAUUUAAGGAACCACUGAAAAAUUGUCUUCACGAAGACUUUUUUUUUUAUGUUCCAGGGCCAUCGUAGCUCAAUCAAAAAUAUAACACAAAAAGUGGAGAUAGACAUUGUGAACUUUCGCAUGAAAAACCCGACGUUUCGUACGCUUGUAGAAACAAUAUAGCGUGGGAUCAUUGAAUGCGUCGUCAGGUAAAAUAAAGGAAACAGUGCUUAUUCAAGACUUUAACAAUGACAGUGUAUGUUGAGUAACAUACGAAAAGCCAAGUUGAUAUAAAAACGCGAAAGAUCACCAGUGUUUAUCAUCGCUUUAUAUGUUUCAAUUGUCUUUCAUCUAUCUUUGAUAAUUUCCCCUUUUCUAAGGGUCUUUCGUAAUAGAGACUUUUUAUUUAGGGGUUUAGCAAGAUAUAAAAGCUCCAUAACGGUUGAGCGAGUGUUGCCUAGCUACUUAUCAGGAUCUUUACAUUAGGUGGAUCAGGGAUUCCUUCAGGAACAUGUCGUUUUUAUUUCUGGUCUUGACUAAUUUUUAGCUACAAGCAUAACUUAGAAUGUUUACAGAAAGGCUCAUUGUUAUAUACGAGGUACAGCCAAUAGUGUUUAUUUGGCAACCAAAUUUUUUUGCGUAUAGUAAGACUACCCUGAACCCUACCACAUACACUCUGAAGUUGUAAAUAUGUUUCUCUUCUCACCUUUAUAAACCUGAAGCUUGGUUCGCAUACCAACUGAGGCCUUGCUCUAACAGCAAGAUAAAACACUUAUCUUAAGCAACAAUCAGUUGCUCAAGUAUAGGGACGCAUUUGAUGUGGUAUCUAUUUUUUUCCAGCCCCCCCUCGUGUAAGACUAUCCCCAGGUCCCAUUCGCGCUAAAACAGGACAGAACAUCAGGCUUCCUCGAUGUCACGUGACAGGUUUCCCGUCUCCGACUGUGACAUGGACAAAGUUUACGGGUGUUUUACCAAAGAACAGGGUCACCUUGUCUAAGGAAUUUAUGACUUUACGUAACACAAUAAGAAGUGACUCUGGUUUAUAUGCAUGUAAAGCUACAAACCGUUUAGGAGAGGCGUCUGCAACUACGACAUUAGUCGUGUUGCCACCGCCAAAGUUCAUCACGAAACCCCCAAGAAGUGCUGUUAAAACCCCUGGGGGAGACUUUUCGCUCGACUGUUUCGCGACUGAGCAAGCGUCAAUUUCGUGGAGACGCAUCGGAGGAACCUGGGAGGAAGGCCGAAUGAGAGUCCAAAACGGAACCCUAACGAUUCACAACCUGAAGAAAUCUGAUUCUGGCAAUUAUGUCUGCGAAGCAAAUUUGUUAAAUUUCUAUCGCAUCGAGACAAGGACAAUUUUAAAUGUAAGAGGUAAGUAAAUCAAUUUAACCACAAUAAACCUGUGCGACGGACUUCUAAUUCUAGGUAUACAAAAAUAUAAUGUGUGUGGCUUAGUUUGGUCAUAAUAUCAUAGGUGACAAUUGAAAAUGCUUUAAUUUUGGCGCGAAGUUUCAAUCAAUCAAUCAAUCAAUCAAUCAAUAAUUCGAUCACUCAAAAAAAGAAGGGAGAGUAGGCAUAUAGAAAUCGGAAACUGAAGAGAUUAUAAAAGUGCAUACAUGCAUGUCAAGAAUAAAUAAAUUCUUAAUUUACAAGGUAAAGAAAUGUAGAGCUAAGAUCGCGGUAGUGGAAACAGUACAUGGAUUUUUUAUACUUAUUGAAAGCACCUGUUUAGAAAUUGAUCGUUUCUUCAGUCGUUCAAGCAACUUCAGGUAAUUUUUUUGAAAUCCGAGUACAAUAUUUGGCGAUUUGCUUUACUGGGCAGAAUUCAGAGCUGUAUUUACAAACCUCGGUGCGAGUGGAAGACUCGGUUCAACUUCUCUUGGUAGUUACUACAGUGGUCAGGUUCAUGACGGGCAAGUUACAUUGCUGAGCGGUAUUCAACAAUGGACUGUACCAUACACAGGUGACUACAGAAUAGAGACAAUAGGAGCUACAGGGGGAUAUGGCUUAAGAAGCAAUGACCAGUAUCGCGGCAGAGGUGCCAGGUUAAGAGGAACUUUUCGCUUAUCCAAAGGAGAAACAAUUAAGAUACUCGUUGGUCAAGAGGGGAGUGUUACCCUUAAGGCAACAAGCUCAGGAGGUGGAGGAGGUACGUUUGUAGUAAGAGGAAGUAACAUGCCUUUAAUAGUAGCUGGAGGAGGGGGUGGCUUAGAAACUGCUGUAUCAAGACAUUUAGGAUGCGAUGCUUCCGCAAGCACAGCAGGGAAUGCUGGGUAUAGGUCAUGGUCAGGAGGGAGCGGUGGACACGGAGCAACGAUUGCUGACAAUAGUGGCUCAGGUAAGCUAGGUGUGUGACAAGUUGAGUAACGCCACCACGACCGUGGCAAUCUAUGCUAACCUUAGAAUCUAACUUCACCAAACUUCUUCAAUUUAGAGGUUUAACUCAUCCAUGGACUAAACUUUGGGAAAUAUCAAAGACUAAAAAUGUUAUUAGGGACCUUAAAUCGAGGUUUGGUCAUAUAACUGCGGUUAACAGUUUCACGUUACCCAUCUUCCCAUAUAUUGGGACUUAAAAUUCGCGGGUGGAAGCUCGCGGCUGCCAUGUUUGUUUUCAGGAAACUGACUCGAAAAACGUAAAGCCGAGAUGAGUCUCCUGCAAACAAUUUCGUCUAUAUGCCACUUCGCUUUUUUGCUUAUGUUGAAACGUGAGUCCAGGUGGCUAUAUUUUCAGGCUACCAAACGAGAUUACUGAACCUUAUAAAAACGCACUAAUAUGCAAGCGUGUAAUUUUCUCUCCUCUGCAAGGACUGUAACAAAAAUCGCAAGAGGCCCGUAAUCAGAGGUAGUCAAGACAGAAGCGCAUGAGUAACCCGCGAUCUUACAGAGUUCAGAUUUCGCAAACACGGAAACGCGAGUGGGACUUUUUAAAACUUCCAAGCAUUUUAAAAGAAAUCCGGCGACCCCCUUUAUUUUUUGCCUUGAUAUUUUACUAGAGUUAAGAGGAAACGACACAGAAAAAAAUAAAUGAUUCUACGAAGGAAAACUCACUGCUCACAAAUGUCCUAUUUUCCCUUUUUACAAAAGAUCCGUUUCAAAGAAUUUUUUAAAAUCAUUGUUAUUUUUUUUCUUUUCUAAUGCCAGACUAAAUAUCGUAAAAAAAUAGAGUUCACUGGCUUACUUUCAAGUGAUUUUCAAUGAAAUACGGGGAUGGGAUACGCGUUGGGAUUCGUUGCCAUGGUAACCGUUAAUGACGAAAGUGUUGUUAUCGUCGUGGCUUCGUUCUCUCUACUUUGAAGCGUUAAAACCGCCAAAAAAGGUGAAAACUGGUACGAGACAAAAUGGGUGGUGGUUGCCUUUAUAGUUGACAAAUUAAUAUUUAGAAGAUAACUAACCUUGAGGCCCAAACUUCAUUCAGAAGAAAUCCGGUUUCCUAAGAUUUCAGUGGUUUACAGUGAUAAAUCUUCCUGUUUCAAUACAUUCAUAUUGCUAUUUUUGAAAUUAAAAAAGCCUCAAGAAAUCCACCUGCACAUGUUACCGGUAAGUGAAGAGUUAUUUAAUGUUAUUUAUAUUUUAGGGGGAGGCGGUGGUGGGUUCUUCUCCAGUGGAAGAGGCUCAAGGCACUUCGGAGGCUCAAUGGGAUAUGGCGGAGAAGGAGGCAAAGGAUUUCUUCAGGGAGGAGUGGGUGGAAGAGCCCGGUAUAACAAUGCUGCAGGAGGAUUUGGAGGAGGAGGAGGUGCAUAUGGAAGUCUAAACGGAGGAGGUGCUGGAGGUGGAGGAGGCUACUCUGGGGGAAGUAGUGGGAAUAAUGAGAAUGACUCCUGUGGAGGAGGGGGAGGAUCUUACAACACUGGAAAGAAUCAGCAGAAUGAAUGCUGUUAUAAUACAGCUGGGCAUGGCCAGGUGACCAUAACAUUGAUAUAG